AUGAUGACGAUAAAUCUGACGAUAAUCUUGUGUUACAUGAUCUUUUUCAUUGGAUUGGUGUUUGUUGAUACCGAUUAUAAGUGGGUUCAAAAGUCGUGGGAAGUCGCAAGUAAGCCCAAACUGGAGACCAAAAUUGUGGAUACCAUGCCGGCAUUUAUGGAGUCCAAAUCUUCCAAACUGUCGAAACAAGGAUUUGUUUUCAAUUUCCACAGCAUGACUCGCGGAACCAUCCCAAAUAACAAUUUUCUUACUUUGAAAACCCCAACGAAUUACAAGAUUACCAACGACUCCAACGACUCCAUUUCCACUCAGAUCCUCCCCACUCUUGACUACCAAGCCGUCUAUAUCUAUGUCUUCGAGGGAAGUGUAACCGUCAGCCUACAGAUGUGCGAAGGGAGUGAAAUGUAUGGAGGUCGUGCACAUUCGAAAUGGAAUCUGGUUGCAUUGGAUUUUCCAAAACUGAUCAAAGCCGGAAGAUGCCAGAAUUUCUCAAUGGAAAAGGAUCGCCCGAUCAUCUCAUUCCACGGAUCUUCUGAGUUCACCGUCUGGAAAACUACUCAGUUCUGCUUCUUCGAAACUCGACCAACUAUCCGCGACUACUUCACUCCCAGAAACGUGUGUAUUGUUGUUUUUAUCGCAGCAGUCAUUUCAAUUCUCUGCUGGUGGAUCGACAGAAACCACAAAAUUGAAAUGAGCAAUCGGCCAAUUGAGAAACCCAUAGUUGAUCCGGAAGACGCCUACUUCUACUGA